AUGUAUAUAUUGCACUUUAUAGUAUAAUAUAAUUGUUUAGAAACUAGAACAAUAUUAUUAUUUUUUAUUUAACUAGUAUUACGUUUCAAACUUUUUUAUUUUAUCAUUAAAAGCAAACAUCUUUUCAGAUAAAUUAAAGAACUCAGCCACGAGUAUAUCCGAUAAAAACCGCCACAUCGAUAUACCUGAUGAAAAAUAACUUAUCAAUUAAAUAAUUAAAUUGAUGUUUUUUCCAUCAAAAAUAUAUUGAUUUGAUGUUCAGUUAUUAUUUCUCAUUAGGCGUUUUUCCUAUGUGAAGUAUAUAAGUAAUAGUGUAUGACCAGACUGCUGGCAGAAGACGUAACAUUCAUUACAAAUGCAUAUAAUUAACACCUUCGAUUAACUUUUGGUACAGAAAAAGUUAUAUAAUUCCAUAAAUAAAAAAAUUAUAUAAAAAAUUAUAUAAUUCCAUUUAUUAAAUAAAACAUAACUAAUCUACUAAAAGUAUACAGUUUGGGAAAGUAAAAAUAAUUAAAUCGAUAAAACACAGAAAUCGGUACUUUCUAGAAUAAAUUUUUAUAUUAUUUAACAUUCAAAAAUAAUAGAUAAAUAGUAGAGAAAUAACAUUUAAAAACCAAUUAAAUGACGUUAUUUCUACAAUGAUAAUAUAGUAUAUCGUCAAAAACGUCUGUUACGUUAUUAUUUAAUAUUUAAUCGAUUGACGUUAUAUGACCUUACAACUGGCACCCUGUGUUAAUAGACUGUUCAGUUGUCUAUUGCUGGGUUUCAUUCCCACUCUAACACGGAAUUGACUAACGCGAGGUUCCACUCACGAAGUAAGGAGACUUAUCUAUGUAGAUUGAAAGUGGUCACGAAAAAUGUUCCGUGUGUGGCCAGGGUUGUCGAAUGGAAUGACUUGGACAGAAGCGUUAACACUUUUACAUUUCAUUGUUUCAAUUUACGCUUCGUAGAAGGUUUGUUAACGCUUCUAUUACUCUCCCUUUACAUUCGACUUACGCUCCGAUUUUACAUUUUUACCAGAAAUAGCCUUUCUUAUAUAUAUUUAGGCAGCCUUUUAUCACACACCUUAUUGUCAUUUUGUCUUUUUUUUAAUAUUACAAUAGCAAAGAAAGAAUGAUGCGUUUAGCGCAUAAGCAUGCAAAGCGUCCAAGAAGAACGCUCUCAUAUAAUCACAUAAUAUAUUGUAUCAUACAUCUCACUCACUCCUCUAAUAAUCCAUAGUCAUAGGACUAUAAGAUAUUAUUCACAUUUCAAUCGGUAAUUCAGUCUGCCGCCUAUGAGUUCCUAUUUGUAUAUACAUACUUUUUGGGUACACACUAAAUGGAGAAUAUAUGUACAUAUAACGAGUUUAGCAGUCUAGUAUAUUGUCAAAGUCUGUGGUGGGGAUAGACUCUUCAUCCAGGGUUAGACUAUAUUGGGCGAAUUCCUUGCUCGAUCUUUUCCGAGUCGACUACCGCCGAUGCCGAGUCGUAACAGCGAGUCCUGGCCGUCCGAGUAUAAAUAAGAAAAAUUUAAACAAAGAGUGAGAAUCCCGUAGACGAACGGAGCGAGCAUCGAAAAACUUCCACAUCGGUAAGGUCGUCGAUUCUCUGUGUAAAGCCACGCGUGAUCGGUAGAACGCAUUUACGUGCUGGAAUUGAGCUUAAUGUUUUGUGUGAGUCCGUCAAAAAAACUAAAAAAGUACUUCAGUGAUUAAUAUGACCGAUCGACCCCCAAACGUGACGGGCUACUGCCGCAUAUUCCCGCCAGCAGUGUAUUAUCGUAUCGCAUCGUGUCUCAGAAAACACACGCCUGCCAGAGAUCGCAGCUCCGAACGAGGUUGCAGAAGAGCCUUCGGUAAUGACCGAAGUACGGUGACCCAUGUCCGCUAUAUUGGUUAGAAUACGUGCGCGUCCCAGCGUAAAUUGUAUAUAAUAAGUUUAUAGCCCGUUUACAAUAGUCGCAAAUGACUUGCAACAGCCAAUGAUUGUCGAGCUUUAACUAGAAACUAAGCGUUGCGUUUUUUUGUAACGCGGUCACUAACGUAAAGACUCACUUGUAUAUAUAUAUCUCAUUAGCGUAUCAUGCAGUAUUAUAAGAUGCAAUUGUUUCGGUAGAGAAUAAAGCCGAGAUUGUAAUUUGAGCGAAAUCUUUCGUGCCGCAAUGGUUGCGCGUAUACGUUUCUCGCGAGUCUUGCUUGAGAGUAUUAUCGAAAUAACGAUCGCGCGUGUGAUCAUAUGCCCUGUCACGUUCAUUGUCGUGUUCGCCAUUACGACUUAUUGUGUUGGCUUUGACUAUCUUUAGUCUUCGCGAAGCGGAAAUCUGGUGUUGAGCAGAGAUUUCUCUCCCUGUGCGAACGAGCUACCGUAUGCUAUACCGUUACAUCGUACAUACGAUAUUAUAUAUAUAUAUUGAAGAUUGAAAGAGUAUAUGAUGUCCAACUGUAGUCACUUACAUUACAAUGAUGCUAAUUUCUAUGACAUAAAACGCGACUCCUUUCAAGGUACGGAUACUGACGGUAACGAGACAACUGUCGAUUGCAUUUAUCAAUUUGUAAAAAAUAGCUACAGUUAUCAAGAUGACUCCGUUGAUUAUUGUAAUAAAUUUUGUACUACUAAUAUAAUUGGGCCACCUGAGGAUUUACGUUAUGAAUAUGUAAAAAAGACAUUUGAAGAUCAUGAGAUAUUGACCGCAUCUUGCAGCGAUAUGGGUUUUGUGGCCGAUACAGGUUUCUUAACCGAUAUAUGUUACAACACUGAUAAUAUAAUAGAUGUGUUUGAUAGUAUAGAUACUGCAGGUUAUACUGUAAAGUAUAUGAUCGACCAAAUUUCUAUUAAUAUUGAGUAUCAUGUAGCUGUAUAUCCAAUCAGAAUCAGCAGAUAUGGAGCAUUUAAACUUAACGACAUAAUUCAAAUUUGGGCUCAGAAUUCUGACAAUCAGUGGUUCCUCUUGUGGAAUGAUUCAUGGACAAAUCCAGAGAAAAUGCAGCAAGAGAGUACAUUACUUUCUAUGCCUCUACAUCCGUGCAACUUUAAAACCAAAAUGCUCAGACUGGUAUUUGAACAUAGAUUAUUGGAGGAAAACAAGCUAGAUGCUGUAAUGCUUACCGGAACAUCAGAAUUGAUCCUUCCUAAAAAACCUCAAACAGAAAGUUUGAAUAUUUUAUUAUAUGACAUACGAUGUUUCAAGGAUUUUGCGAGAAUUGUUCCGCAAGGCGUUGUCGGUAUGCUAUGUCCCACCGAUAUGCUUACACGGGUUCACCACGAUAUAUUCGAACUUCUAGACAAUUUUCAUAAACAUGGCAUUAUCUGUAAAAGAAAUCUUAUAGUACAGAGUUUUCAUAAGGAUCAUCUCGCGCAUAAACAAGUAUCUCAUAAAGUCAUCCCAGAUUAUAUACAGUCUCUUAAACAAAACUUAACAGUCAACGAUUAUUCGAAUUAUGAUAAAUUUAUAAAAGAUCUUAAAUUCUGUUGGGAUGAAUCUAAGAAAUCAUAUGACAGUUUCUCGAAGCUUUGUGAUGAAACAAUUUUAAAUAUAUUAAAAAAUUUAGACUUGAGGUCAUUAUGUCGCGUAGGUAGAGUAAAUAAACGGUUAAAUAAUUUAACACGUGAUCCUUUCCUUUACACAAGCUUGAACGUACGGAAUAUACAUUUUACAUAUUGGCGCUCUAAUCUUUGGCAUAAAUUUGAUUACUUUGCCCACAGAUGUAAAUAUUUAAAACAAUUAGAUUUGUCUUUUUGUGACAUUCCAGUUCUGAAAUUUAAUAUGUUUAUUAAUACUUGCGGCAAGCAUUUAACGCAUUUAAAUUUAUGUUGUUGCCGAUAUGUUGACGACUCUGCUCUACUUGAAAUUUCUAAGACGUGUGAAAUUUUAAAAGAAUUGGAUUUAAGUAAUUGUGAAUUCGUAAAUGAUCAAGGAUUUUCUUAUUUUGAAAAUCUUAAAUAUUUGGAGCGUUUACAUCUUCAGGAGUUACAAAGUAUACGAACUAAAACUCUUUGCAAAAUACUGCAAAGAAAUCAACAGCUACGUGACUUAAAUUUAGCAUACACAGAUUUAUACAUAGACGAUGUCACAAUGGAAUUAAAAAAUUCAUGUCCAAAUUUGGAAACGAUAAAUUUAAAAAUGGCAAGAAUUACAUCAAAAAGUAUUUAUGCUCUUGCUGAUUGCAAGAAUCUACGAGAAAUAGAUUUUGGUUUGGUUCACAUGAUAAACGGAAAUGAAGAAGACCUAGAGAAAAGUUUUCGUAGAUUGUUUUCCUGUCUACGCUUAGAAAAACUCGACAUAACCACCUAUAUCGUCAAUUACAGUAUUUUGGAAAGUUUAAUAAUGAUGUGCAAAAACUUAAAAAGCUUAACGUCUGAAGGACGUACUGUGAAAUCUGACUCCAACAUUUUCCAGUGUCCUAAACUGGAGAAAUUUAAACAUAAAUAUUACUACAAAUGGCGUCUUAAUGAUAACUGGUUUAUUAUAUGGGACUGUUUUUCUGAGUCUGCAUCACUUAUGACUCAUGGAGAAUCAGGAAUGAAACAAUUUGACUAUUACUAACAUAAACAAAGAUCUCAAGAAAUAAUCUCUAAAAACAAAGUGGCUAUAAGAAUUGUUUUUUUUAAUCGUUUUCAAAAGAUUGAUUAAUUCAUUGACGUCAGAAAUAACAUCAAAAUCAAUUUUUCAAUAGUAGCUGUAAUAUGUUUAAAUUCUGAGAUCUAUGUAUGGCGUAAAUUAUAUCGUGAUCGGUUUAUUAAUCAUUUAUAUCAUUUAAUUUAUUUAAAAUAUUUUCGAGCGCUGUUUUCUGAUUACGUUUUUAAUUGUUUAUUGUGAAUCUAUAUUAUAUGUAGUAUUAUAUGUAGAUAUUAAAAAUAUAUGGAGUAUAUGUAGAUAUUAUGAAAGCUUCUUGAAUGACAAACUAGCCUUGCGUGUGUGUGUGUGUGUGUUGUCUAAUCUGUGGAAAAUAAGGCAAGUGAGUUUCUUCGCGCAAGAAAUCUCGAGACUCUAGGAUCGAGUAUACCAAAAUUUUAAUCACAAUUAAAAGCUUGCAUUAAUAUUAUACAAUAAAAUUAUUAUUAGAUUUUUUAUUAUGAUUUUAGUUUAUGGAAUAUUAUAACCGAAAGUGAAUUUGACAGUUAACAUCAAAUUUUGGAUAAGCUUAAUAGAACCGCGACAUUAGCGUGUUAAAGUUUGCGUCACAUGGCACAAUUCCUUUAUGUACUUGGCGUGAUAUUGCUACUGUUGCGUGAUAUUUGAAUGAAUAACCUAUUAAUUAUAAUCAAAUACAAAUUAGUUUGUUGUAUUACGUGUGCGGUAGGUCAACUAUUUCCUGCGAGUUUGGGAGCAGACGCACGAGACGAAGGUGAGCGACUCAUAGCAUAGUUAUAGUAUUCAUAUUUUGUUGAACCGUAUAUUCAAAUGUACUGAUGACAUCAGUUUUUUAAUCGUUUGUUUUAUUCAUAUGGUCAUUUAAAAAUCAGAAAUUAGUUUUAAAAUAUAUGUUAUAUAUUUAAGAACUAAACAGACUAAAAAUGGACCUAUUUCAAUCAUUUAAAGAAUUCUAAAAAAAGAUAAAUAUAGAUAUAAAUGGAGUGUGUUUGUUUUUAAUGCAAUUUGAAGUUAAUUUGUUAACAAUUUAAUUACACAAAUAUAUUAACAAAUAACUGCACAAUAACAUUGAAAUGAUACAGAACUUUAAAAUCAUUAAGAGUUACAAAAUAAUUAUUAAUUUUUAUCAUUUAUAUGUAUUUUUACAUAUAUAUAUAAUAAAUAUAUAUGUAUUUCUAUAUAUAUAUAUAUAGAAAUGCGAAACGCAGGUAAACCAGCACAACUCGGUGGACCAGCAAAUUCCAUCGAUGUGAUAAGACCGUGCAAUCUCGACGUUAUGAUCCGCGGAUAAAUCGACAGGCGUUCAACAAUCCGAAUCGUUCCCACGAGGAGGCCACGUGGAAAAAGAGAGCGCGGGGUGGAUCGUUAAAAUUGCCUUUUCGGCUCGUGCGUUCAGCCCAUAGAUUGGUUUUUCUGAUACAGAAAAGCGCGGAAGAGGCCGCUCGAAUUUCCCGAGCACGCUUGGUAGGCUUUUUCAAAGAGCAGUUCAGUCCUUUAGCGCUCGUUUUCCGUGGAGUUUUAGUUUAAUCCUUUGGGGACCGUUCUCCAAAAUGUAGUUUCGUGAAACUCUCUUUUCUCAAAGUUCGUCUGUUCGGGGCACGAUAACUACACGCGGAUAAGAACUUUGAAAAAUACUUUCGGAUUCCAAAAAAUAAUCUUAGGUAGUAUCUUAUUUAUAAGAUCAUUUUAGAAAAAUUAAAUCCCACUUUCGAGGAUUAUUUAACUUACAAAGUUUACAGAAAUUAGAACAGAAUGAAAUUUACAUCAUGUCGUCCCUCCGAAAAUCGAUUAAAAAUAGAGAAGGUGUUGUAAAAGCUGUUGUACCCAGAAAUGUUGUACCUUAGGACACACUAAUUACUUUUUUUAAUGGUAACAAAAUUUUUAAUGUUGAUGACAUAAUUAUAUUACUUUAGGUUAUCAACCUAAAUAAUUCUGUAUUUUGUGCAAUCGUUCAAUUUUUAUCGAAACAAGUCUGUUUUUAAACUUUUUUUAUAAACCUUCUUUGCGUUAGUAUUUUUUUGAGAGAUUUUGUGAGAUUCGAAUAUAUCAUAAGAUUCUGUGUAAUUUUAACCAUUAUUUAGAAAUAAUACUUCAAAGUAUAUUUUAAGUAUUAUUACACCUGUUCAAUUUUAAUAUUGACUUUAUAUUUCAAGUGAAAUUGUAUCUAUAAAAACAUUUAUAUACGGAUAUUUUUAAUAUCUGCAAGAUGAGUUGAAUAUACUUUUAUUAUUCUCAAGUUUUACAAAAACCUUCUCACGGGCUACUUGAACUAUUUCAAACAAUCCCAGAUCUAAUUCUGCAUAUCAUUUUGCGACUACGUUUACUUAUCCAUCUACUCCAAUAACAAAAAAGUAACCUUUUAAGUUAAUGCCAUUUCCGAAGGAUGAAUCUCGAAAAAAGACAUAUUCUGGUAGAUACAAUUUUACCUAAAAUAUAAAACAAGUAUUGAAAUUGAAAACAAAUAAAGUUAAUGAAAUCUAAGUUUAAAUUAAAAUUAAAUUGAAAUAAAUGUCGUCGAUAAAUAAAUAAAAAAAUUUAAACAAUUUAGCACGAAUUUGUUAAAAUGGUUCUGCACUUUGAUUUAUACAAACUCUAUUUUAUAUAAACUCCACGUUGAAAAUACCUUUGCAAGGAUAAAAUGUGAAAAUUGUUUAAAGCACUCUCUAUUUAUACUGCAUUCAUGUAUAAAUUUUAUGUUUUCAAUUGCAAGAUAAAACAAUAAUCGAAUAAUAAACUCGAUUAUUCUAUUACUAAAAAUAAAAUUAUAACAAUGCAAAAAUUACACUAAUGACAAUAAAAAUAAGGCAGAAAAAAA